GUGUGCGUGUCCUUGGAUGACAACAUAUAAAAUCGUCUGGCCGGUCGGAGGGACAACAGAAAUCUCCACCUAACAGCCAAACGACAAGAAAACAUCAGAGGCAGAGACAGACAGGACAGUGUGGGGAAUGCAUCCUGUGUGGCUAUUGGUGGCUGUGGCCGUGGUGGGAGUGGCCACAGGAGCUGCCAGUCAGUGCUUGGAACAUCCCAGCUGUCAGGAGGUCAACUCUGAGAGCAGCCUGCUGGAGUGUAUCCAGCUCUGUCACUCCGACCUCACCGCCGAGUCUGGCAGCCUGACCGAUGCUCACCUCCUCCCACUUGCUCCGUCAGACCCUCAGUCUGUGCCUCCCCUCAUCCUUUUAUCUUCCCCCUCCUCCUCCUCCUCCUCUCCUCACGCCAAGCGCUCCUACUCAAUGGAGCAUUUCCGCUGGGGGAAGCCUGUUGGGCGAAAGCGCCGCCCGGUCAAAGUCUAUGCCUCUAACGGCGUGGAGGAGGAGUCAGCUGAGGUUUUCCCUGGAGAGAUGAGGAGGCGGCAGAUAGAGGCAGAGGACAAGGAGAAGGUGGAGGAGGUGGCGGAAGAGGAGCAGGAACAGCUGCCGGGCGACUUCCACGAGAAGAAAGACGGCACGUACAAGAUGAAGCACUUCCGCUGGAGCGGCCCGCCGGCCAGCAAACGCUACGGCGGCUUCAUGAAGAGCUGGGACGAGAGCAGCCAGCGGCCUUUGCUCACGCUCUUCAAAAACAUCAUCAACAAGGACGGACAAGAGCAGCAGGGGGAGCAGUGAGGGAGGAGAGGAGAGGGGGAAGAGACAGACAGAAGAGGAGCAUGCUGAUUGGCCGACAAGUCCUCCACACUGAAACCAAAACACGUCACUGACCUCCAAUACGACCCCCAUGAGCGUUUUCUGAUCUGACUUCCUGUCAGCAGGAAACUGUCUCCUAAAAAUGACAUUUACGUACAUGUUUACUACAGCAAAUGUUUAUUUUCCUUAUUAAUCAAACUCUUGUCCAGAGUUGAUGCUGAUGAUAUAAAACAGUAAAUAUUCAUAACUGAAACUAAGAAGCCCUUUUUUCAUUGUUGCUUGGAAAAUGACUUAAAUGAUUAAAUUGCAAAAUAGCUGUGUACUGUUUUUCUGUCAGUUUACUGAUUGAUGAAUCUACUAAUUGCUCGAGUGAACAACAUUUUUUAAGGAAGCACUGGACUGGAUCCUGCUGAAUCUACUGUUAAUAUCUGGGAACCUGAGUCACAGCAGGACUCUGUCAGGGUCUCUGGUGGUCAAAGUUGGCGUCCUGAUUAAACGUUGACUUUGGUGCAUCCAACAUCACGGUGACUGGACAAGGAAAGUCACUGAGAGACACCUCAUAGACCAACGCUCUGUCCUUCUGUCUGUCUCCACCUCCACCCACAGGGACGGAAACGAAAGAGGAAUGUUUUGAAUAAAGAUUCAUGUAAAUAAAUGUAAAGUGACAUGAAUACAUAAAAAAAUUUGCAAGAGAGA